AUACCUAUUGUAGAGCUAUUUUAUGUGCUUCUGAAAUGGCUGAAGGCAGUAUUUCAGAGGCUCAGGGUCACUUCAGCUGUCCGAUCUGUCUGGAUCUACUGAAGGAUCCAGUGACCAUCCCCUGUGGACACAGUUACUGUAUGAACUGCAUUACAGACUGCUGGAAUCAAGAUGAUCAGAAAGGAGUUUACAGCUGCCCUCAGUGCAGACAGACCUUCACUCCAAGACCUGCUUUAAACAAGAAUGUGGUGUUUGCUGAGAUGGUGGAGAAACUGAAGAAGGCUAAAGUCCAAACGGCUCAUCCUGCUCUGAAUUAUGCUGGACCUGGAGAUGUGGAGUGUGACGUCUGUAGUGGGAGAAAAUAUAAAGCCAUCAAGUCCUGUCUGUUGUGUCUGGAGUCUUACUGUCAAACUCACUUUGAGUGUCACGAGGCUUUUCGCACAGGUAAACGACACAAGAUAACUGAUGCCACUGGACGACUCCAGGAGAUGAUCUGCCCUCUACAUGAUAAACUGAUGGAGGUUUACUGUCGUACUGACCAGAAGUGUAUCUGUUUACUGUGUACGAUGGAUGAACAUAAAAAUCAUGACACUGUAUCAUCUACAUCAGAGAGGACAGAGAAACAGAAACAGUUGGAAGACACACAAAGAAAUUUCCAGCAGACAAUCCAAGAGAGAGAGAAAGAGCUUCAGAAUCUGAAAGAGGCUGUGGAGACUAAUAAGCGCUCUGCACAGGAAGCAGUGGAGGACAGUGAGAAGAUGUUUACUGAACUGAUCCGCUCCAUUGAGAGAAGACGUUCUGAGGUGAUACAGAUGAUCAGAGAUCAAGAAAAGGCUGAAGUGAGUCGAGUUGAAGGACUCAUGAAGCAACUGGAGCAGGAGAUUGAUGCUCUGAGGAGGAGAGAUGCUGAGCUGGAGCAGCUUUUACACACUGACAAUCACAUCCAUUUACUACAGAGAUUCCAGUCUCUCUCUGAACCCUUAAACUAUACAGACAUCUCCACAGUUGCUGUCAGUUCUGCCCUCCGUUAUGAAGAUGUGGGGAAAUGUGUCUCUGAACUGAAAGAAAAACUGGAGGACUUCUUUAGUACAAAAACACAAACUGUUUACUCUAAUGUUGUCUCUUUAUCCAUAGGUACUUACCAGAAGGAGCCCAAGACCAGGAAGGACUUCCUACUGUAUUUCCUUCAGCUCUCUCUGGAUCAAAACACAGCACAUAAAUGUCUCUGUCUGUCUGAGGAAAAUAGAGUGGCUACUAACACUAAAACAGUCCAGCCGUAUCCUGAUCAUCCAGACAGAUUUGACAACUUUUAUGAGGUGUUGUGCAAAGAGAGGGUGAAAGGUCGCUGCUACUGGGAGGUUGAGUGGAGUGCGAACGAAAGUGAGAAUGGGGUUCCACCAGCCUCUCAGGCACCCGGUAAGGAUGUUGGCGAGAUGGUGAUGGAUCGGAAAGGUGGAUGGUGUGUUGGGCCAGCUCAGUCCGUCCAGGCCUCUGACAGAACAAAGCAGGAAACUCGUUCAGGAGGUGCUGCAGCUCUUCCCUCUUGGAGUCUUCUAGGUUCUCUUUGGCUUAUUCUCUGUACCGCUCCAGACGAUCUCGCAUCUCUAGCACGUACUGCACGAUGCCUUUCUCCUCCAUCUUGGAUGCAGGUUUCUCCUCCCUCACAUCACCUUCCCCCUCACAGUGCAGGAAUUCUGUCCUUCUACAGCACUUUUUAAGCUUGGCACCAAUUUUACACAGUUUAUGGAUAUGUUGAAAAAACUUUCAUUUGUAGCACAGAAAUAUUGCAAUAUUACAAAAAAGUACACUUUUUGGUAUAAAACUGCUCAAGUAACUACACUUUAAAUGUAUGUAUGUAUACUUUAAAAUACAUUGUAUACAACUGUAUACAUACAGAGCUCAGCAAAUGAGUACACCCCCUUCGAAAGUAAAUAUGAGACCAGUUUUAAAUACAUUUAUUAUUAUUAACAUAAGAGUGUGGUCAUCUAACAUCGUUAGGAUAAGAAAAACAAUACAUUAAAUUCAUUUGAGGUGCUGCAAAAAUGAUUACACCAUACAACAAAUUCAACUAAAUCUAAUAUUUUGUAUGGCCUCCUUGAUUUUUAAGAGCAGCCCCAAUUAUUGUAGACAUUGAAUAGACAAGUUGAUGACAUACAGCUACAUCUAUAUACAUCUUAUAACCUUGGCAUUUUUUGUGCCAGA